UAAAAAAAAUACAAACUUGAAUCUUGAUCUGCUCUCUAACCUCCUCACUCCCAUCUCAACCCAAAAUAAACCCAAAUCAAUCCCAAAAAAUCUCUCUUCAUCAUCCUCAGCCAUGAUCCUCUAUCUCCUCCCACCGUCAGUCAUCACUACAAGCUCAAUCUCAACUUCCCACUACACUAAUGGCAACAAGCUCAAACCCCUAUUCCUCCCUUCAUCAUUUCUCCCCAUUUCCUCCAUCAAAUUGACCCAUUUGAGACCAGUGAGCAAUGGGAGGAGAUUUGCGUUGAGCCCAUGUUGCUCUUUGUUGUUGGAGGCCCCCGUGCUCUGGGCCGGGAGACUCUGCGUCUUCUAUGCUCUACUUAAGGCUGGGCUUGCUGGGUCUCCAUCAAAUCCUAUCUUCUCAUCUGAGUUGGGAGGUGAUGUUGAUGAUUUGGGGUUUUCUAAGUGGUUUGAGAGCUUCCAAGGGCUUCAGAAGGAAUUCAUCCUUCUUGCUUCUGCUGGCAUCAAAUUCCGAUCAACUGAAAGCUAGAGGAGAAAAGAAAGAAUGACCGUCAGGUUUGUGAACACCGUUCUCCCUCUGACUGCA